CCCCACGCCUCCCAUGGCGUCCGCGUGACUUCCAGAGUCGACGGCUCAUCCAGUGGGCGUGUACACUCCUCCCAGAGAGUACUCUAGUAUCCAGGCUGAUAUCGAGCCGCUUGGGUCAGUCGCCAGCAUCAAUGGAACCGACCUGCUCGCGGGCAGGUCGAUGCUCGUUCUGUGUGGAAGCAGAAUCGCUGUCUCCGGAAGCGCUCCUUCCCGGGCGCUGCGGAGUGCUGUGCACCUUCUCCUCACCCGUUUCUUGCCAGUGAAGACGAACCGUAGCUUACAAGAGUCAUGAAUUCCCCCAUUUCCUACUCCAUACUUACACUGAGUACGUUAAACUAUCCUCCAUCGGGCGAUUCAUACAGGUCUUACAAUGGUAGCAGGCACGUCUUCGUCGAGCAGAACCGCUCCGGGCUUGCUUGCUCCACGGUGGACAUCCCCACAAGGCCCUACUUACAGACUAGUGCGGAUUCGGCAUGCAGGGGUCGAGGUCAACGGCAAUGUCACCCCGGAGCGCCUGCGACCCAUGCGCUUUGGCGGAGCCCCAAAGAGCAAGGAGCGCAGGGCAGAGGGGGUCGAAUACAGAGGGCGGCUUGGUUUGAGGAUGGUGUCAGCUCAUCACGGGACACGGGUCGGGCUUCAAACCACGAAAUACAACAGGCUUGGCAACAUUGGAGGGACACCAUUUCCACAAAAACCAGCUCCCCACUAACACUCGUGCGAACUCCAGCAUUUGCGGAACAGGGGCCUUCAUCGGAAGGGACAUGCAUUUCAAUCGCCAUGCCGACCUUUGAGCCUCGACACCUUGGAUCUCAUUUGCCUUUGCGACGUCAGCGAGGGACUGCGUCACAUUUCAUCGAAACCAGCCGAGCAAACCGAGCGCGAGGGAUCUUGUAAGUAGAUGACGCAUGUUUUCAUAUAAUGCCCCUCUACGGAAACCAGAAACAAAAAAUGUAGAUAUACAGUCCCGAAAACAGUCUCCCCUAAAACGCCAGAUGCUAUCUUGUGCAGACUGCAAAUUAUCCCAUGUGAACCGAGUGACGCCGUGCCCGAGUCCAUGCAACGCGAUGUGCUUUACAGCGCGAUAGUCUU